GAGGAAAGGCUGACUCUGCUGCCCGGCCGGGAAGACUGCGGAUCGCCUCCUGGUUUUCCUUCAUGGCCCCCUCGCCGGCGUUCCGUGAGGAGCGGCAUAAAGUCUCACACCAUCUCUCUUUGAACCAGAGCUGCCCAGGGCCCAGCCUUGCCCUUAGUCUUUACCAGGCUGUCUCGCUGAGAUCGCCAUGUGGUCCAACUUCUUUGUGCAGCAGGAUGAGGACGGUCGCAUCAGGGUGGCAGGGGCUAGCCCCGGCGGUGGGCUGGGGGGGUUGGCAGGAAUGAAAGCCGGACGCGGUCAAAGGCGGAUCAACAGAAUGAGCGACAGCCAGGAGGGGAAGAUCAAGCUGGCCUUCUUUGUGUCCAUCGUCGGCGUGAUCCUCACAGUGCUGGGCGUGGGGACAGAGUUUUGGGUGGAGCUGUCACAACCAAAGUACUUCAGCAGCAAUCACACCUGCCAGACAGCUCAUUAUGGCCUGUGGAAGGGCUGCGUCAGGACCCUGUGGGUAGCUGACAUUGACCCAGAGAGAACAAGCUGUGGCCCCGCUGCACUACCUGGAGAAUCGAACUGCACGUACUUCAAGUUCUUCACCUCCGGGGAGAACGCGGUCAUCUUCAAGAAGACAACCAGCAAAAAUCUGAACCUGGCAGCGGCCGUCCUGGCUCUGAUGAGUCUGGCCAUGAUGGUGAUGGGCUCCAUCUGUAUCACCAUGUCCCUCAGCAAAGGGGUGCAGUUCUUCCUGAAGCCCGCAUCCUUCUGCUUCAUCCUAUCAGGUGUUCUGGUCCUUCUGUCUAUCCUGGUCUUCCACCAAUCAGUGCUGGCCUUGUUGUCCAGCGACCACUCCGUACCGUUACACCAUGAGUUGUCCUGGUCCAUGGCCUGCGUGGGCUCUGCCGGAGCCAUCCUCAUCGUCGGAGGUGUCCUGUUCCUCAUCCUGUCUCUUCCCUUCAGUCCCUGGCAGAAAUGUCUGCCUCACAGAGAUAGUGCCACUUAGCACUUGAACAAGGAGAAACACACACACACACACACACACACACACACAAACACACACAAAAACACACACAUAUGUCCUUGAUGUUUCUUUCUUUCUUUCUGGAUUGAGUGUUUGAAUCCUGAGGGCUGUAAUGAUUUUGGGCUUGCUCACUGACGUUUACUUGGUCGGUGAACUCCUACUGGGUCUUAAUUAGAUGUACGCGAGGAAAUUACCGACAAAUGACGGACACUGCGGCCCUUCAGGAUUUGUGUUUCAGAGAGCUAUUAUUUUUGUCUGUCUGUCGAUCGAAAGCUAAAUGGAGGGAGUGACUUACCGAGCGACUGAAUGACGGACUGAUGGACUGACAGUCUACAUUCUGUUUUCUUAAUCUGAUGUAAAGCACAUGCCGCUAAGCUAUCUUCAGCUGCGCAACCAACAGCAUGUAGUUUGGGUCUGUCUGCUAUCACAAGGUACCAAGUACUGUGGAAAGGCCUGGAACAGCCAGCAAAUAUCAUAUGAAACUAAUUAAGUAAAACGUAGAAGAACAACAAUCUUUAUAGUUGUCCCAUAAUCUAAUAAAUCAA